AUGUGGGGAGGCCUGGAAAUCGAAGGUAUAAAGAAAGCAACACAAGCGAUAAAACAGCACAACGAUCAUAAUAAUGGUAUUACGUUUACCCCGCCGCUCCCAUCAGAGAAUUUCUUAAAAAAUGCAGAAUUUCUUUCCGAAAACCAAAGUACUUUGGAGACUUAUAAUAACUUUCGAGCACAAGGGCCAGAUCAUCGCCCAGCAACUCAACAACAGGUCGGUCAAUCUCAAGCAUCGGCUCUUCAACCAUACGGUGCUCAACAGGCUGGUGGUUUCAUGGGUGGCUAUUCACAGGGUUAUGCAAGUGAACAACAACCAAUUCAUUCUACAAUUCAUCCUGGUUAUCAUACUCAAUAUCAAAAAAAUCAGGGUAGUUAUUCAGAUAGUCAAUUAGGGGCUCUGCAACCUUCUACAGGUCAAAUGUCGGCUACUCAAUCACAUGGUGCUCAACAGGCUGGUGGUUUCACGGGUGGCCAUUCACAGGGUUAUGCAAGUCAACAGCAGCCAGCUUAUUCUGCUCAUCGUACCCAGUAUCAAGAAAAUCAGGGUAGUUAUUCAGGUAGUCAAUCGUGGGCUAUGCAACCUUCUACAAAUCAAAUAUCAACUACUCAAUCAUACAUAGGUCAACCGUCUGGUGGGAAUACGGGCGCUCAUUCAUAUGGUUAUCAAAGUGGCCAAAGUGGUCAAGGAAGUCAAAGUGGUCAAGGAAGUCAAGGUGGACAAGAUAAUCAGCAUUAUUAUUACCAAGGAAGUGGUCGCUAG